AGUGUUAUCACGUGACCCGGUGACGCCUGUCUUGUUACAUCUACAGUAAUUAUAUUUUCUUUUCUGUUCUUUUUCGUCUCCGUUGCGGUCUUGUGAACUCACGUUAGGCGUAACUCUAAACUGAUAUUCAUCGUUUGAUCCAACAAGCAUACACACAAGUAAAACCAAAAUGGCACCACCUUCGUUCAGUGAUCUCGGUAAAGCGGCCCGUGACGUGUUCAACAACGGCUAUGUGUUCGACAUACUCAAAUUGGACCUUAAGACCAAUCAGAACGUUGAGAUCAAAGUUGGGGGCACUCAACACUUGACUUCCGGUGUCGUCAACGCCAGUUUGGAAACAAAGUACACGAUAAACAAGAAUAAAUAUCUGUUCACGUUGGUUGAAAAGUGGAACACCAAUGAUGUAAUUGCAACCGAAGCUUCGAUUAGUGGUCUGUUACCCGGAUUAAAAAUUGUAUCUGAUGCCUCGUUUGACCGUAAGAAGCAGUCCAAGUCUUUAAGACUCAAGUCUGAAUACAAAAAUGAUUACGUAGCCCUCAAUGUAGACACAGAAUUUCGAUCAUUGAAACCUUUGAUUAACGCGUCUGCUGUUGCUGCUUACAAUGGUUGGCUGGCUGGUUACAAUGUUAAAUACAGUACUACCGACAAGGUUUUGCAAACCAAUAACCUUGCCCUUAGUUACGUAGCUAAGCAAUUUGCAUUCACCACCACUGUUAACGAUAACAAAUUAUUUGGCGGUACUGUAUACCAAAAGUUGUCCGAUCAAUUGGACUUGGGUUUGCAAGUGUCUUGGUCUUCGGAGAACAACGACUCGUCCCUUGCCAUUGGUUCACAAUACCAACUGAAUAAGGAUGUAAAAUUGCGGGCUAAAAUAAACAACAAAAGUCAGCUGUGCCUGGGAUCGGGCAUUAAAAUCAAGGACGGCGUCACAUUAACACUAGCUAGUCUGUUUGAAUGUCGUCAGUUCAAUCAAGGUGGUCAUAAAUUUGGUAUUGGUUUAGAACUCGCAUUAUAAGUUGCGUGAGAGCUGGAAAUCACUACCGCGUAGACAAAAAUUUGUUGUCAGUAAAUAUAGGAUUUAAAAAUAACCAUAACAACAUUAUUUUGUAUUUAAAAAAUAUCAGUGUAUUUAUUUGUGUAUGAAUCAUUAAUAUUCUGAUUAGAGAACAAGGACAUGUUAUUAAAUUA